GUCCUAUAAGGUGGCAUAAUGAGGGAGUCAUCCUUAAAAUGGAAUAAGAAAGAUACUUUACAUUUCAAUCAAGAGCUAAAAGCAGGAUACAAAUAUCCAGCUUUUAUUUAGCAGGAUAGACAGACAGCGUGCAAUGUUAGAAAGAAGAAAAGCUUAACAUUUUCAGUACUGAAGAGUGUAAAAUGAAAUGAAAAAUACUCUGUGCAGAUAGCUGGUAAUGGACCAUAUGAUCAACUCAAGUAAAAUUUUAUAUAAUAUGCAUACUGACAUCACUUUUACAUAAAUGUGGUUUAUAUGUGCAAUUGUCUCUUAUUAGAUGGAGAGCAGCAGACUAUCCUUUGCAUGCACAGCAAAAUCUCUCCAUUUCUGUUGCUCCUUACAAAUGAAAAAAGGGAGAGGCAAUUUGGACAGCAAAGAUGCAGCUAUUCUGAGCUUUCCGAGGAAUGGAUGGAAAUUAUUGCCUCACCUGCGGUAGUGACAAAUCGCUUAAGCUGUGGAACCCCCACAAAGGGACGCUUCUUAAAACAUACAGUGGCCAUGGCUAUGAAGUCCUGGAUGCAGCAGGGUCGUUUGAUAACAGCCAGCUUUGCUCAUGUGGAGCAGAUAAAACAGUGGUGCUAUGGGAUGUUUCUACAGGGCAGGUGAUCCGCAAGUUCCGUGGCCAUGCAGGGAAGGUAAAUUGUGUCCAGUUCAAUGAGGAGGCCACUGUGAUCCUUUCUGGUUCCAUAGACUCCAGUGUCCGCUGCUGGGACUGUCGCUCACGCAGAUCAGAUCCCAUCCAGAUACUAGAUGAGGCCAAGGAUGGUGUCUCCAGUCUGAAGGUGUCCGACCAUGAAAUCCUUACAGGUUCUGUGGAUGGGCGUGUCCGGCGCUAUGACCUCCGUAUUGGGGAGCUUUACUCAGAUUACACUGGAAGCCCAAUCACCUGCGUGUGUUUCAGCAAAGAUGGCCAGUGUAUGCUGGUGGCUAGUUUGGAUUCUACUCUGCGAUUGCUAGACAAGGAAACAGGCGAGCUACUAGGAGAAUAUACUGGCCACAAAAAUGUAACAUACAAGAUGGACUGCUGCAUGAGUGAGAGAGACACACAUGUUGGGAGUUGUUCUGAGGAUGGGAAGGUGUAUUUCUGGGACCUGGUUGAGGGAUCCCUGACCCUUGCUUUACCGGUGAGCAAAAGUGCAGUUCAGUCUCUAUCCUUCCAUCCCACUGAGACUUGCCUGCUGACUGCUGCUGAGGGUCUGGUCCAGCUUUGGAGGGAAGACUCUUACGUUGCUGAGGAAGGAGUACCUGCCUGAAUUUCGUUGUUCUUUCCUAAGCAGAUGGCCUGAGCUACAGAGAGAGAGGACUCUCUCUGGCAUUUCUCUCUUCCGAAACACACAGAAGGUGUGUGCUACCUUCAGGGAGGAGUGUGGCACUGGACCAGAAAUAACCAGUUUUGACUCUGUGACUUGAUCAGGACCAACCUGAUUCUGAUGUUAAGAAGACCCAACAGUGUUGCCAUCUGGACCAUCUCUAAGGUGGCAGAACACACAGUGUUCCUAAUGCAUUUUUAAUUCAGUGUAUUGGUUUACAAACAGUUUUUGUAAAAAAUUAUGAUGGAUUUUCAAACUAUUACAUGGCUUGGAAGUCUGAAUAACCAA